GGUACGCGCAUGCCUGGACCGAUCGGGCGAUAAAGCAAGAUGGCGUCUGACGGAGAAGUCCUAAACGCGGGCAUUAUAUUUCUGUAUUCUUACAUAUAUGUUGUUUAAUAGAAUACACACGGUUAAUAAUUGUUUGUAGCCGGAUACAUUAGUCUGAGCGCACUUUGACACUUCUCCUGUUUGCUAGCUUCACUUAAGGUAGCUUGCAGCUAGUGUAGCUGGCAAGUUAGCUUAGCUUGUUAGCUGCUAACAAAGAGACGCGGAAGUUAUUUAAACAUCGCUAAGUAGGGAACUAAUGUGAGUGUAAAGUGUUGUGAUUGUGUGAAAAUGUGCGAAAGAACGGUAGAAAAGUACGGGGAGGAACUUUGUCCAACAAAAGAGGAGGACGAGCGACAACAUCAACUGCUGGAUGUUUAUUAUAAGAAACAUCAUCAAGUUGUGUUACACAGAACAGCUGCCGUCGACUUCCCCGAGACACUGUGCGUCAACAACCGGCCGUGGACGUACACUUCCGACUAUCAGACGUCCAGCAGGUGUCAGGAGAGAGUCAAGAAGAGAUUCCCUCUAAGCAGCAGGAGUGGCGCUCCAGUGUGGGACAGAAUGAGCUACACGCCCCCUCCCACAUUAAAGAGGAAGAGGAGGAACUGUGGGAGCAGCUUCCAAAGUUGGAGGAGGCUAAUGAUGAAGAUGAAGCUCAGUCCUUACGGCUUCAUCACAGUCAAAGUGAGGAGAACAGAGGGGCGGAGCUUGUAAGUCAACACAUCACAGAAGCUGAUGGAGAGCAUUGUGAAGAUAUAAAGUCAGAACCAGGCAGCAUCUUUGCUGCACUGUCAGACAUGGACCACAUGAUGUCAGACUCUUCUGAUCGCAGUGACCACAUCCAAAAACCUUUGGAGAGUAAAAAUGACUCUGAAGCUGAUACGAGACAUCACGCUAACAACAAACACUUUGACUGCUCUGAAUGUGGAAAAUCAUUUAGACGUAAGAAUAAUUUUACAAGACACAUGAUAAUACAUAAUGGAGAGAAACCUUUCACUUGCUCUGUUUGUAGGAAGAGUUUCUCCACAAAGCUUAACAUGACCAGACACAUGAGCACACACACUGGAGAGAAACCUUUUCCCUGCACAGCUUGUGCUAAACGAUUCAACACUAAGUAUGAAAUUAUAUUACACAUGAGAACACAUACUGGAGAGAAACCUUUUACUUGCUCUGUUUGUAAGAAGAGUUACUCCAUAAAGCAGCACAUGACCACACACAUGAGAACACACACUGGAGAGAAACCUUUUGCUUGCCCCGCUUGUGCUAAAAGAUUUAACACUAAGUAUGACAUUAUAUUACACAUGAGAACACAUAGUGGAGAGAAACCUUUUCCGUGCUCUGUUUGUAAUAAGAGUUUCACCACAAAGCAAAACAUGACCACACACACGAGAACACACACUGGAGAGAAACCGUUUGUGUGAUACAACAUUCAAGUUUAAGAAUCAGGUCAGUAAACACAAGUGUGUAACAGUCAUGUAAGCUGCAGGGAUUUAAAAACACUUCAACAGUGAUUGUGCUAAAUGUACUUAAAAAAAAGAUGAAUGUAUAUUUGAUGUAUGUAAUGCUUCUCAUCUUUUUCUGUUAUAUGUUCUGGAAUUACUUUUUAAGUUGUGUGCAUUUAUUGAAUAUCAAAUGUAGCUACUCUUUUUUUUAUAUCAUCUUAUUAUUUUCACUUGGGGUUUUUUUUUCCACGCAAUUUUUUCCAUUGCAUUUUUAUUGAUGUUACUAUCCAAUAAUAAGUAUGAAUGAAUAAAAUGGUUAAAGGGAAACAUUAUCACCAAACCUUUGCAAGCGUCAAUAUAUACCUUGAUGUUGCAGAAAAAAGACCAUGUAUUUUUUUAACCGAUUUCCGAACUCUAAAUGGGUGAAUUUUGGCAAAUUAAACGCCUUUCUGUUUAUCAGUCUUUUAGCGAUGACGUCAGAACGUGACGUCACUGAGGUAGUAACACAACCUCCAUAUUCAUUUUCACAUUACAAACACCGGGUCUCAGCUCUGUUAUUUUCCGUUUUUUCGACUAUUUUUUGGAACCUUGGAGACAUCAUGCGUCGUCGGUGUGUUGUCGGAGGGUGUAACAACACUAACAGGGAGGGAUUCAAGUUGCACCACUGCCAAAAAAUCUGCCGCCAGACCCCCAUUGAAUGUACCAGAGUGUCUUCACAUUUGACCGGCGAUGCUAAGACAGACAUGGCACAGAGAUGUAUGGAUAACCUGCAGAUGCAUUUGCAACGAUUAAGUCAACAAAAUCACAAAGGUGAGUUUUGUUGAUGUUGUUGACUUAUGUGCUAAUCAGACAUAUUUGGUCACGUCAUGACUGCCAGCUAAUAGAUGCUAACAUGCUACGCUAAUUGAUGCUAACAUGCUACGCUAAUCGAUGCCAACAUGCUAUUUACGCUAGCUGUAUGUACAUUUGAAACUAGAUACCCACAUUUAAUGCGAAACAAACACUUACCAAUCGACGGAUUUAAGUUGCUCCAGUGUCACAAGAUGCGUAAGUCCUGAUCGUUUGGUCUGCACAUUUUACCGGCGAUGCUAAUAAGGCAGCCAUGCUAUUGGCCACCUCAUUAGGUACACCCACGCUAUGGCCGAAUAGCGUCAAUAGCUAUUCGCUCAAUAGCUUCGAUUUCUUCUUCAAUUUCGUUUUCGCUAUCUACCUCCAUAGUCUGACCAUCUGUUUCAAUACAUGCGUAAUCUGUUGAAUCGCUUAAGCCGCUGAAAACCGAGUCUGAAUCCGAGCUAAUGUCGCUAUAUCUUGCUGUGGUAACCGCCAUGUUGUUUGUAUUGGCAGCACUGUAUGACGUCACAGGGAAAUGGACAGUGGUUUCGAAGAUAGCGAAAAUAAGGCACUUUAAAGCUUUAUUUAGGGAUAUUCCGGUACCGGUAAAAUUUUGAAAAAAACUUCAAAAAAUACAACAAGCCACUGGGAACUGAUUUUUAUUGUUUUUAACCCUUUUGAAAUUGUGAUCAUGUUCCCCUUUAAGUGGACUCUGGUAGAUUAGCAGCAUUUUUACAUCAUGGGUGUUAACUACUGCAAAACAUCAACAAAGAGUAAAAAGGCUGAAGUUAGCAACACAUCACUGAACUUUAGAGCCUUCGUGAGUGGAGUUGGUUGUUUUUAUUGCUGUAUUUCUACUUAUUUCACCUCACAUCUUCACUUUUAAUCCUGAAGUCUUCUUCAAAUAUAUUGUGGGCUUCUAAUAUUCAUGUUUCUGAUGUGUGUGUAGUCUACUGUGGAAAGGGUUGUUGUCCCUUGUGGAUUAAUUUGUUCACUUGCACAGAUAAAUCGUCAUCAUCAGACGUUAUCGGUCCACUACUGGACAAAACCUUAGCAUAGAUGUUUAAAAUAAAAGUGAUCUCAUUUUUCCUUGAUAAUAACACUAAAUAUACAGAUUUAAGCACUGUAUUAGAGUGCUUCCUGUAGUACUCCAACUCGCCACACUGAGAAGUGGGGGCGAUCGUGAGCUAGCAGAUUGAUAGAUGGUACUUUAUUGAUGCAUGUUGCUAUCAUGUUUUAUCAGCGAAGAAGACAACAUUUGUGUUUACUUUUCUUUUUAGAUCCAAGUUGUAUUGCUCUGCUGAAUAAAUGAAUCACUAUGGCUGCCAAUAUGGAGAAUUAUUUAUAUAUUUAAAAUCAAAUACGUUCCU